AUGUUUUCCGUAUCACGUCAAUUAUUCAGAUCAUCAAUCCGUUCAUACUCAACAACAGCAGCAGCCAAUGGUGCACCAGUAAAAGUUACUAAAAAAGUAGGUGCAUUCAGAGGAGGAUUUAUUGGGUUUUUAUUAGGUGUCACUACUACAGGAGCAUUAUCAUAUUAUUAUUUAUUAGAUCAAUAUAAAUUAGCCAAUACUGUUGUUGUUGCUGAUAUUGUUGCCUUACAAAAUUCAAUUUCUAAUUUGGAAAAACAUAUCAAGUCAUUAGAAGAAAGAAAAUAA